CAGUACAACACAAGAAACCAGGAUGUCUCCAGAGAAGGACUUAUACAUUUGAAGGACGCCACAUACUCACCUUGAAAACAAUCCAGCCAAAAAUGAAGGCCCACAUGCUGCUGUUUUGGAUUUUUGCUGUGCCCGCGCACACAAUUGUGCUUCAGCCAAAUCUGAAUGUAUCAGUCCUGCGCUAUGUAUCUGCAGAGAGUGACCUUUUCGGAGAGCUGAGACUUAAUCUGUCAACUUUAAACACGAAAGAGGAGCGGCAAAAUGAGGAAGAGGUCACAGAUAGAUUAACAGCCACUGUUCAAUCUAAGAGCGAUGGAGAUAAGGACAUGAUGAAUAUGAAAAUAGAGGAAACUGGAAGUGAUGUCACGCAAAGACCGAACCUAGACGAACAAGAAACAUCGGAUGCAAUCCACAAGGACAACAAAGCGGAGCAAAUAACAGAUGAACCCUUCCUCUCUGCAUUGAAUACCACAUAUACACAAACAGUGGAGUUCGAGGAACAUCUUGUACCAUUUGCACAAACUGUCAAUCAUUAUACCACUCCCCCUCCCAAGACCACUGCAUCUCAAUCUGCUCUGAAAGAAUCAGUCCAAGCUAUUCCACAACCAUCGUUCCCUUCAAUAUCACAAAAUCCAGCAACUGCUGCAAACACAUCCGUCGUAGCCAAUACUGCAUCCGUAUCCGAAACUACAGCUGCCAUCCCAAAGCAUCAUAUUCCCACCUCAGCUGUUGAUACAUUACUAAUGAAUGCCAGUCACACAAGUGAUGAUGUCAUAGUGGAGCUACAUGUUAUGAACAACUCAAAACUCCACCUGCUGGAGGAGACGAGCAUUAAUUCCACUGCGGUGGCAGCGAGGGCCGGUCCCAUUACUAAAGCUCUGGCUAGUGUUUUAAAGGUCAAACCUAAAAACAAGACCACGGGUACCAAACCCAAAGGCAGUAAAGUGAAGACAAAGCCAAAAACGCUUACAAAGAAAGAAAGAGGAAAGGAGAAUAAAACAAAACCUUUGAGAAAAGGAAAUAAAGUAAGAAAGGCGAAAAAAGGUAAGGCAACGACUGAUUCACAUUUUCCGUAUUUUGAAGAUCACUACUGUCCUCCAGAAUGUUCCUGUUAUGGGAGGGUGGUCCAGUGUUCAGACAAACAUCUGGACAAAAUACCUUAUGGAAUACCGUACCCCUCCCGUUACAUUCUUUUGAUGAACAACCGCAUCGAUAGCGUUCAGUCGAACCUGCUCUCUCUCUACGAAUCCAUGGAGUUCCUGGUGCUCAGCAACAACCAUUUAAUGGAUGCUGCGAUUGAGGGGGCCUUCGAAGGCAUUCAGAGCUUAAAGAGGCUAUACAUAGAGCGUAACCUUCUCCGGAGCGUCCCCACCGACCUGCCCGCUUCUCUGGAGGAGCUACGGAUGGACGGGAACCAGCUGAACAGGUUAUCUGGAGCAGCCAUGAGUCGCUGCCCAAACCUGCUAAUCCUCAGUCUAAGUAACAACAGUCUGGGUAACAACUCGUCCGUCGUCCCUCCAGGAGUGCUUCUUCCGCUGGGUAAACUGCGUACGCUUACUCUUUCCAAUAACUGCCUUACCUCCGCCCCCCUGCAGUUGCCACUCAGUCUCCGAGAACUCUAUCUCCGUGGCAACCUCAUCCAGCGUCUCCAAGGUGAUAUUUUCUGGGGUGAGGCGGAGCUACAGGUGCUGGAUCUAAGUGCAAAUAGACUGACCGACAAAGGACUUGGGAAGGCAUCGCUACUGAAUGCCAGUCGCCUAGAAAGUUUAAAUUUAGAAGGUAACUUAUUGAAACAGGUUCCACGGCAUCUGCCUCGCACCAUCAAAACCCUCAACUUAGAAGGAAACUUCAUCUCGAGCAUUAGCAAGGAUGCAUUUAUCUCACUGCCGCAGUUGGAGCACCUGGGCCUGGCACUAAAUAAGAUCACCAAGGUGGCCGUUGGUGCCUUCAGGGUUCUUCCGCUUCUGCAUCAGUUGGAUGUGAGUCACAACGCCUUGCAGCAGGUACCGCGGCAACUACCGUUGUGGCUUCACUCCCUCACGUUGGCGCACAACAAGAUCCGCACGGUUCCGCGUGAUGCGUUCUGUUGGGGUCGAGGCGACGGGUCACCACUUAGCCGUCUGGUCAGAGUGCAGCUGGAACAUAACAUGAUAGAUUUGGGCCACCUGGACACGCAGGCCUUCCGAUGCCUGAGGGGCUUUCAGUUGGUGCAGUUUUACUGAACUUAUGGCCGGGGUAGAAGCGGAAUUUACAGGGUCCAGUGAAAAAAACGUGUUGGUUUUUAUUUUGUGUCUUGUUUGAAGUUUCAUUUAACCGAGUCAGCAGCGCAUGGUAGAUAGUGUAAUAUGGCUUCUUGAGUUUUAGAGAAGGAUCAUAGUCAGUGCUUAAUUUGUCAAUUCCGAGGUGCCGGAACAAGGGGGCGUGGCAGAUCCGGCAAGUUAUGGGGUGGGGAGAAGUAAUGGAAUAUGCAAUCUCUGAGGGGUUUUCUAUGUAACUGUUUAGAUGUUUUGAAAAUGCGCAUAAAAAGCCUAAUUGGAAACGGACAUGCGCAGAUAACCUCAGAAUUAUCAAAGAAAUUUAAUGAGCUAGACGCAGAUUUUAUCUUGAGUUUGCCUUAAUUCAAAUGUGCGUUAAAGUCCCCGUGAACCGGAAGUUGCGAACGUUUUUGCUUUGGUAUUCUGACACAUUUUAGAGUGAAAAGGAAUUUCAAAGGAGAACAUUAGUGGCCGUUGCUGGUGUUUUUCACUGCGAAUUGAUUGGAUGUGUAAAAACAGCUGUUGCAUUGAUUUUGACGGCCAUGCCGUCUAAUUUAGGUCAUUUGAGAUGUAUAGUCAUUUCAGGGCGGAAGUGCAUUUUCAGAUUUUAACUGAAGAUUAUGAGGCUACAUGAAUUUUAAAAAGAAAAUGACCCACAUUGAUAAUUUAUUUACUAUGCUGCAAUAUUUCAUGAAAAAAUAAGAAUUCUCAUUUUUAAUUUCACUGGGACUUUAAGGUGAUGGAAAUAGUUUAUUGUCAUAAUGAUGGUGUUGUGAAUAUUUGUGCAUGUGAACAAAUAAAACACAGCCCUCAACAUUUGUGUAGAAUUCAGAAGUUUAACGUUAAACCUAAAUUACACCUGCGGGUGCAGGUGGAGGCUGCCGUGUAUAAUGUAUAACGGCAUAUUAGGCAUUUAAUCAUCCGUUAACCGUGUUUCAUCAGUUCUUCUGUGUCUCUUCGCAACAUUUGUCCAACAACACCAACAACUAUCUCUCUCUGAAGUGUCCAUCACGACAUGUCCCCUUCAAUAUAUAAUGCAAAACAUUUUUAUGCGAUGCGUUUAAAUAUACAAGGAAUAUUUGACAAUUAUUAAAAACAGAUUAACAAAACAAAAGGGAAAAAACGGUGACAAUAUGCUGCUGAGUUUGGUUCAGUUUGUGAGGCGUAGCGCUCCACAAAUAAUUUAAAGGAAAGGAGAUGACAGAGCGCAUCUGUAGCCUAAGUUUUCUUUACUUUGCAAAAGCACAGUGUUCUGUUUUUAGUGCAAGUGAAAAGUAGCUAACUUUGCAGUAUUUAAUGACGUACGAUAGUAAUAUCUGUUUGACCAUAAAUCAUCACAGAGUUUUUUUUAAGUUGUUUCUGCCGUUAUAAGUAACAGCUCAAGUGAAUGCUCCAUGCACACAAUAUUCCAGCCUGUUCAUUAUUAAAGUUAUUGCCAUUAUAAUUAUUGUACAUGGUUUUUAAUGAAAUAUAUGCACGCAACAGGUCAGCACGAACGUUUUCCAUUAGCGCUUGAGAGCGGGAUCUGCCAAUUGAGGUGCCGGAUGGGAUUUCGGAGGUGCCGGUGUCGUAUCAAAAUCUGACUCCCCGUGAGAUUAUGACCCCUGUUUUCCCCUACGAAGGUUAGGGAUAGGAUUAGGUGUGGGGGCGGUCUUUAGAGAUAGGGACCAAUCACAAAGCAGCAUUCUAAGUGAAUAAUCCAAUCAGAAGUAGGGGAGUCAAAAUCUCACGGGGAGUCGGCAUUACACCUGUCAGAUCCGGAUCCGGCUUGUGUUGUGCCGAAAACACACUCCCCGCCAGAUUCUGCACCCCCUUCAAUAACACGCUGUCCGAUUGGCUAAUUCUAACCCUUCCCCACACCCAAUCCUAAUCCUAACCCCUCCCCUAACACCUAAUCCUCACCCUAACCAUUGUGGGGAGGGGGGGUGCAUAAUCUGGCAGGGAGUGUGUUUUCGGCACGACACCGGCACAAAUUAAACCCUGAUCAUAGUACAAAAGAAUAAAACUAGUGUUUGUCCACUUAUACUUAACUGUUUUAAAACAUGAUUUAGAGCUGCUGUUUAUUCAUUACAAUAAGGCACAUUUGCGAUCUUUGAAAUGUGACUAGUGAUGGUGAAUUUUCAAAAGUGUAUUGCUUAUUACAAUAAAAUCGGUUCUUAAUGGUCUUCAAUGUUUGAGCCAGACAGUGUUAUGUAUAUCUCCCUAUGUUUACCAAAACAUAGUUCUUCAUGGCUGUAUAGGAUCUUGUGUAUGAUGCAAAGUUGUUUAAAAAUUUUGUUCAAAGUCAUGUUUUUAUGAUUUAAACAAAGAGAUUCGUUUUGACAACUAAGUAAAAUAUAGUCAAUGUGUUUUUCAUUAUCCAUACUGAAAGUGUGUUUUUCUCAAAACUGCUCCUUUUAUUUUUCUUGGUAAAGCUUGGAAGGAUUUUCGCUUUACUGAGGUUUGCUUGCCACAAGUUGCCAGGUUUAAAGUGAAGAAAAACACAUUAUUCAGAAUUUGGCAGAUGUGAGUUGUGAGUUGUAAAGCUCCCUCUCUCUCUCAUGGGAUUGUAUAGUCUUUUCACGCCCAUGACAACCGUUCCAGUGUUUUUUGUUUGUUCUUGGGAAAGCAAUCCUCUGCAAACAAAUAUGUUUGGUUGAAAAUUGUUGAAUGUCUUUUUGUUGAAUUCAAU